UUAUAAGACUGCUGUUCCUACUCUUCAGAGCCACCGAGCCUCGCGCGGUACAGAGGGACCGCACUGCCGAAGCGUAGAAAAGACGCACACUAUGGCAGUGUGGUGAUUCUGCAAGAUGGCGUCGUUGGGAAGGAGGCGCGGUGUCCCAGUCAACAGGGAGAGGGCAGUGAUGGCGGCCACGGAGUGCUACAUCGUGCAUGAGAUCUACAACGGCGAGAAUGCUCAAGAGCAGUUUGAGUAUGAGCUGGAGCAGGCGCUGGAGGCGCAGUACCGCUACAUCGUGAUCGAGCCCACACGCAUUGGUGACGAGACGGCCCGCUGGGUCGCUGUGGGCAACUGCCUGCACAAGACGGCGGUGUUGUCGGGCACAGCGUGCCUCCUGACGCCGCUGGCACUGCCCCCCGAGUACUCGAGGUACGUGGCGCUGCCCGCGGGUGCCUUGAGCCUGGCCUGCGCUGCGCUCUACGGCAUCUCCUGGCAGUUUGACCCAUGCUGCAAGUACCAGGUGGAGUACGACAGUCAGAAACUCUCCCGGCUGCCGCUGCACACGCUCACCUCCUCCUCACCGGUGGUGCUGGUGCGGCGGGACGACGUGCACAGAAAGAGACUCCACAACACGAUAGCACUGGCCGCACUCGUCUACUGCGCCAAGAAGAUCUACGAACUCUACGCCGUAUGAGCGGAGCAAACGAGGGGGGAGCGCACAUGUAGGCACGUGCGUGACAAUAGCAAAACAUCACACAUACCCCCACACACACACACACACUUACACAGACAACAUAAUACAAAACAAAAUAACCACACAGACACACAUAGUUAUGAAGAUAUAAAAAAAAAGCUACACUUUUACGUUGCACACCACAAGCAGGGAGAAGAGGAAAUACAAAACACAAGACUGGAAAGAGAAUCAAGAAUGGUGGAGCAAAACAGCAACUACAAUCCCUGAGUGAUCUAAUGGAUUGAUAUAAGGCAGACAACAGCCAGAAGAGGACCGAAAAGGAAAGUAAAGUCUCUCUCUCUCUCCCUGUCCCUCCCUCCCUUUCUCUGGCUCGUAAGUGGCUGCUGGUGGACGGACGGACGGACGGACGGCCAGAUGGAUGGACAGAAAACACGGGUUAAUAGGUUAAUCUAGAAGGAUUCUCUCCCUCUAGUCUCAGUACUCUCUAAGUGACAUCACCAAUGCACCUGCCCCCCCUCUCCCCCUCCUCCUUUAAGACCCCGUAUCUCUCGGAACACACACACACACACACACACACACACACACACACACAUAUAGGCACACACGCAGACACUAUGCUGUUGCGCGGGCAGUGUUCUGCCAACCCUGGUUGUGUGUGUCAUCCUGGUUGAACAGACGGACUGACGUUUUGAAGUAUUACUGAUCUCUGACUCUUUGACUUCUGUGUAGUUGUACUGUAACCUGACUCAGUGCUUUUCAUUAAACCGUAGGAGAUUUCAAACCUCA